UAUAUAGACAGACACUGGUGGUGGGAGAACCUUGUAUAAAUAGACACGGGUGUUUCACAGCCCUGAAGCCUCUCUGAGCCUUAUUGAGGGCAGCAAACAGGCCCCAGGAAGAGGGGCAGGAGGUGGAGCCCUGAUACAGUACACAAGCUCUCCUAGUGUGGACCUAGCUUUAGCUACAGUGGAGGAAUGGAAGGUUAGAGAGACAAUAGUAGCUGGAGAGGUUAUCAGAGUCAAGAGAGCUUCUGAAGAACUGGGUGGACUAUUGCAUUUUUCAAGGAGUUUGAUGUGAAUUACUGCAAUGAGUAAACGUAAGUCAAAGGAGACGAGCUCUGUAAAUGGAGAAUGCAUCUCACAGGUACAAAGAAUUUUACGUGAAAGAUUUUGUCAUCAGUGCCCUAAUGGAAAACUGUUUGGGGUUCAACUUCAGUACAAACAUCUACUGGAGCUGCUGAAACGAACUACUGUCCAUGGAGAAAGUAACUCUGCACUCAUUAUUGGACCCCGGGGAUCAGGAAAGACUAUGUUAUUAAAUCAUGUCUUAAAAGAGCUCAUGGAAGUAAAGCAAGUGAGAGAGAACCUCUUGCAAGUUCAUCUGAAUGGACUUUUACAGACAAAUGAUAAAAUAGCUCUCAAGGAGAUCACGAGACAACUACAAAUGGAAAAUGUGGUUGGAGACAAAGUUUUUGGCAGUUUUGCUGAAAACCUUGCAUUUCUUCUUGAAGCUUUAAAGAAAGGUGACCGAGAUAGCAGUUGUCCAGUGCUAUUUAUACUGGAUGAAUUUGAUCUCUUUGUUCAUCACAAGAAUCAGACAUUACUGUAUAACCUUUUUGAUAUAUCCCAGUCAGCACAGACUCCAGUAACAGUUAUUGGACUUACAUGCAGACAAGAUAUUCUGGAACUCCUGGAAAAGAGAGUGAAGUCAAGGUUCUCCCACCGACAGAUAUAUUUGAUGAAUUCAUUUGAUUUUAAACAAUAUCUUAGAAUAUUUAAAGAACAGUUGUAUCUACCUGCAGAGUUUCCAUACAAGCCUUUCAUACAGAAAUGGAAUAAGAAUGUUCAGUCUCUUUCAGAAGACAGAACAGUGCAAGAGAUGCUACAAAAUCAUUUCCACUACAGCAAAGACCUGCGAUCACUUCACAUGUUACUGAUGCUUGCUUUAAGCAGCAUAACAGUAUCUCACCCAUUUAUGACUGGAUCAGAUCUUCUUGAAGCAAGCAAAUUGUGCAGAAUGGACUCAAAAGCAAACAUUGUACAUGGUUUGUCUGUGCUGGAAAUCUGCCUAAUUAUAGCUAUGAAACAUUUAAAUGAUGUUUAUGAAGGAGAACCAUUUAAUUUUCAAAUGGUCUAUAAUGAAUUUCAGAAGUUCAUACAACGGAAAGCACAUUCAAUGUACAACUUUGAGAAACCUGUUGUUAUGAAGGCUUUUGAACACUUGCUACAACUAGAGUUAAUAAAACCAAUAGAAGGACUGCCUGUGCGUGCUCAGAGAGAAUAUGUACUAAUGAAGCUACUUUUGGACAAUAAUCAAAUAAUGGAUGCUUUGCAGGUAUACCCAAACUGCCCAACAGAUGUGAAACAGUGGGCAACAUCCUCAUUGAGUUGGUUGUGAACUUUCUGAAGCUUAUAAAACCACAUUAAGUUGAAAUAUAAUAAAUUGGUUGUACUUCACAUAAUUUCAGUGGAAUACUGAAUCAUUCACUUGAAGUUAAAGCAUGUUUUUUAAAUAUGAUGUACUUUUCUGAAGUGUUCCAUGAUAUUGAAAAUAAACAAUGAAUGUUA